GUGCAGUACGCCUGAGUUGCAAUGAGCACAAAUGAAUGUCUCCGCUGUGUUGAUGGGCUUAAAAGAGCUCGCUGCAAAGACAUACAGCUCAUAUCUGUUUUAGGCAGAGACCAGCAAUGGCACAUCUUACCCUUUUCUCUCUUCUCCUUGUAACUAUCUUGGUGUCCAGCGUUGCAUCUCAAGGUGGGAUAGCGAGCUGUUGUCGAACAACCUCAAACACUCAAACCAAUAGAGACCGGCUGAAGAGUUACUACAUACAAUAUCCACCAGCCUGUCAUCUGCAUGCAGUUGUAUUCACAACAGUGAGUGAUCGCAGAAUCUGUGCAGAUCCAGAGAAGGUAUGGACAAAGACAAGCAUGGCGUACCUAGAUGGAAAGAACUGGCACAUCCAGAAAUUCAUCUCAAAGCACCAUUCGUGAGACAGCACUCUUCAAGUACCUUUCACUGGAAGCUCAUGAAACCCUCUAUAACUGUUUGGAUUUUAAAGACUUUGAAUGUUUCCUGCAAAUAUGUGACCUCAUUUUAUUAAUGCCUAUUUUUCAGUUUCCUUUCUUAUCAUAUAUGAUCCGGUUACAAAUAUAUAUAUAUAUAUAUUUUUAUAUGUAAUGCUUACUUGAUAUUUCUCUUUGAAUGUAAACAUGUAAGUGUCUUAUUACUACAUCAAAAUACAACUGACUGGCAUAACCAAAUAAAAUAUUAAAGCUUUACAAUGGUUAUCAG